AUGUCUUCAGAUUACGAGUUUUCUGAUGAUGAUGGCGACUACUAUGACGAUGAGGAGAUGCUCGACGGCACUCAAGAAGACGACAUGGAUAUGGACGCCUUUGGUGAGGACUUCAAAGUCGUGCCAAAGGGGAAGCACAAGGCAUACGAGGUCGAAUAUGACUCUCUCAGCCAAGCUGCGGUCGAGAAGCUUAUGAAGCAAGAUGUAGACCACAUUUGCGGAAUAUUUGGCGUAGAUGUUAGCACAGCCAACCUAUUGUUGCGGUACAUCAAAUGGAACAAAGAACGCCUUAUCGAAAAGUACAUGGACAACCCAACGACUAUGCUUGUCGCUGCUGGCGUUAUUGUUCCUGAAGCCUCCUCCCAACCAGCUCCUGCGCCGAUCCGGACUCACUCCUCGACAUCGUCCGGCUUUCACAUUCCCAAGUCACUAAAGCCCAAGGUGGAGGAACCCUUCGUCUGCCCAAUCUGCUUCGAUGACGACACUAGCAUUCAAACCCUAGCGCUCGACUGCGAACACACCUUCUGCUUCGGAUGCUGGACAGCGUAUGUUAACUCCAAGAUUCGCGAUGAGGGGGAACAUUCGAUCAGGUGUAUGGCAGAGGGGUGCGCUCUUGUGGCUCCCGACCCUUUCAUUCGCUCCAUCCUUAUUCCUGAACCGGGGGCGCCUAAGACUUGGGAUCGAUUCCAAGAACUCCUUGUUCGUCAAUUUGUUGCAUGCAACAAUGACCUUAAGUUCUGCCCGUAUCCGUCAUGCACCAACACCGUUUCUUGCCCCUCCGCAUCAUCCAAAGCUAGCUUAGCAACUGUUGUUCCUACAGUAUCUUGCGGCGCUCUCAGAGAACACAUGUUCUGCUUUGGAUGCCCUAUCGAAAGCGACCACCGACCCGUCGUUUGUGGAGUCGCACGCAUGUGGCUGAAGAAAUGUAGGGAUGACAGUGAAACGGCGAACUGGAUUAAGAGCAACACGAAGGAGUGUACUAACUGCCAGAGCACGAUCGAGAAAAACGGUGGUUGCAACCACAUGACUUGCAAGAAGUGCAAACAUGAGUUCUGUUGGGUGUGCAUGGGCCCUUGGAGUGAACACGGCACAGCGUGGUACUCCUGCAACCGAUUCGACGAGAAGACAGGCGUUGACGCCCGUGACGCACAGAGUAAAAGCAGAGCUUCGUUAGAGCGUUAUCUCCAUUAUUACAACCGAUGGGCAAACCACGAGCAAUCUGCGAAACUCUCUUUAGACCUUUACGCCAAGACAGAGAAGAAGAUGGAAGACAUGCAGAUCACGUCAGCCCUUACUUGGAUUGAGGUACAGUUCAUGAAGAAGGCUGUGGAGGAGGUCGACAAGUGCCGCAUGACUUUGAAGUGGACGUACGCCAUGGCGUAUUAUCUGGCGAAAGGCAACCAGAAGGAUCUGUUUGAAGAUAAUCAAAGAGAUCUAGAAAAAGCUGUUGAGGAUCUUUCAGAGCUGCUGGAGUCGCCUAUUGAAGCAGAAAAUAUCCCAACCCUCAGACAGCAGGUCACGAAUAAGACGGUGUACGUUCAAAAGCGAAACGAGAUUGUUCUGGAGGACACUGCGAAUGGUUUCGUUGAAGGCCGGUGGAAAUGGAAUAUCACCGUAGAAGGUUUCGACGACCCAGAAUCUGAUUGA